AUGGGAACCCUUGGGAGAGCGAUCUACAGCGUUGGUUUCUGGAUUCGGGAGACUGGGCAGGCCAUUGAUCGUCUCGGUUCCCGCCUUCAGGGCGGUUACUUCUUCCAAGAGCAGCUGUCUAGGCAUCGAACUCUGAUGAACAUAUUUGACAAGGCUCCUGUUGUUGAUAAGGAUGUAUUUGUUGCGCCAAGUGCCUCCGUCAUUGGAGACGUCCAAGUUGGAAGAGGAUCAUCCAUUUGGUAUGGAUGUGUCUUGAGAGGCGAUGUUAACAGCAUCAGAGUUGGAAGUGGAACUAACAUACAGGAUAACUCUCUGGUGCAUGUUGCAAAAUCAAAUUUAAGUGGGAAGGUGUUGCCUACAGUUAUUGGGGAUAAUGUUACUGUAGGUCAUAGUGCUGUUAUACAUGGUUGUACGGUUGAGGACGAGGCUUUUGUUGGUAUGGGUGCAAUACUACUUGAUGGUGUAGUUGUUGAGAAAAAUGCCAUGGUUGCUGCUGGAGCCCUUGUAAGACAGAAUACAAGGAUACCUUCAGGGGAGAUAUGGGCAGGCAAUCCUGCAAAGUUCUUGAGAAAACUCACUAAUGAAGAGAUAGCUUUCAUCUCUCAGUCUGCCACCAAUUACACAAACCUUGCACAAGUGCAUGCAGCUGAAAAUUCGAAAUCCUUUGAUGAAAUUGAAUUUGAGAAGGUGUUGAGAAAGAAGUUUGCACGUAAAGAUGAGGAGUAUGACUCUAUGCUGGGUGUUGUUCGUGAGAUUCCACCAGAACUUAUUCUUCCCGAUAAUGUCUUACCUGAUAAAGGAGAAAAAUCUCUUAAAACAAAAUGA